AACAUUAAGACCAUAUGCGACUGUCCGGAAAGUUGGCCGCACCUUGGAUGCAUCGUGUGGGCCACGCAUCCGCAUUCCGUUCGUGUUGAGAUCACGAACCACAAAACGAGCCGGGCUUCUACGUGGAACGGCUGCCCAGUGGUAGGCGCCAUGUUUCGUGGCCCCCUCCCGGAACGCAGGUGGUCUUUCCUGGUUGCAACAUUAUUAGUGGCCUGCGCCACAACUUCCAGCAGUGAAAAAAGCCUCUGCAACACCACACCCGACGAGUCGACCAUGCUGCAGGUAAUCAAACCAGUUGCCAGGACAGUCUUUGUCUGCGUAGACGAAGUCCUCCUGGCCUACAAAAUUCGUGGAGAAUUCGCGACCGCGGUGCUACAGUUAUUUUGUCAACAGUACUACAACUGCGUUGGAAAAUUCAUGGGAAAAAAAGCUACUAAGGAAGGCCGGAACGAGUCUCUUCACUGCAUGAUACAGUACGUGGAGCAGAACCUCCCACCUGACCUGCCUACCGGCGACCACGAGCCGCGAGCACUGGUGGCGCCGUUUAUGGCCUGCUUCAUGAGGCGCCUCGACCUCCCAUGGGAGAACGAGAAGAAAGCCAACGCAGUGAUCCACUGGUUCUACGAGAUCGUACGCCCCUGAAAGUUUCCGUGCAGGAAGGAUCGAUUAAUUAAAUGAAUUAAUUCCUUUCUGUAGAUACUGAGAAAGUGUGCAAAUGGGUCUUGCUGCUGCUGUCGAUUUAUUUUACAGUCUCAAUAAAAGGAUUAACAUUGU